AUGGCAAUGAUUCUUCAUGAUCAACUCGUUACUGAAUCUACAUAUGUUCCUGUGUGUUUCGUAAGAAAACCAUCUCUGGAAAAAGAACAUAUAUGUAGUGUAAAAUAGCUAUGUAGUGUAAAAUAGUAAUUUGUGUUUUUUUUUUACCAUAGAAAUCCUUUACGAUGCUGGUCACCGGUUAAUACCAGCUAUUUCUUGUAAAUAUGCUGAUCGGUCUUUUUUCUCCAGUUUAAAUAAAGUCAUUAUUAUUAUUUGUAUAACAGUCCUCCACCAUACCUUCACCGGAAUCGCGAGCAGUCGUGAAUACAAAAGAUAUUCAAUUUAUUUGAAACGACUAGUUGACUGAGAUCUUUGUUAACUUAGGUAUGUUCUGUGUGGCUUCCAGUUGACCCAGUUUCCGAACACACCUGUCUCCGUGUGGUGAAAGGUUCUCACAAGUCACCUCAUUAUUUCAAACCGGUUCACUUUGACGGGCCUCCAUUUACCCCCUACGAAAUAAAACCUGGAGACGAAGAGCAAGCAAAAGAAUUUCUGUCACCAGAUGUUGAUGGAAACGACCAAUACCAAGUCUUGUCCUGGAAUAUGGAGGUGGGUAUAGCCCGGCAGGGUUCGUAGCGCAGGGUUUAUUUUAACGUGCAGUUCUACACAAAAUGUGCAGUUCUAAACCCAUUUGUGCAGUUCUUAAAACACAAAUGUGCAGUCACCAAUCUAACAAAAAUAGCCUUAAUUAAGACAGUCUUCUCAUUUACUCGUUACCCUUGUGGAUGCUCCAGAAAAUUCCAGAAAUGCUGUCAUUAAUCGGAGCAUCAAAAAUAUAAACGUUUUCUGGGGGAGGACUCCAGACCCUCCUAUUUUCCUCACAAAUCGCUUACGUGCUGAGGUAAUGGAAAAGAAGGUAAAAUUGGCGCCAGCGAAGCUCCCUAAAAGAGAUUAGAGUGGGAGAACCUAAUAUUCUUUGCUGCCUCAAAUGCAAAUUUAAGGUUGUUAUAUAUUGAAUAUCCAUGAUUCCAGUUACAUGUUUCGAAACAGUUUUUGCGAGUAGUUGGGUGCCAAACAAAUCUUUGCCAGAACUUAAGAGACUCUAGAUUCAAAUUGUUUUGGGGAACACCCCCUAGCUCCCGCACCCAAAAUCGAGUUUGUCUUGCCUUUCUCCAAUUCUCCCACCCAACCACACCAUUAUUCUGUCACCUAUAUGCAGGUAAAAAAAUCCUUCGACCCCCCCCCCCAGUCAAACACCCGUUGCCUUCGCAACAUCCCUAUAUGUGCAGUUCUAAAUUUUUCUUAAAAUAAACCCUGUCGUAGCGGUCUUUGAAAUCCUUGAAAGUCUUUAAAUUUGAAUGCAGGUCUUUAAGGUCUUUGAAAAGUCUUUGAAUUGUGUGAAAAAGCGAAGAAAGUCUUUAAAAGUCUUUAAAUUCUUUUGUGAGGUCUUGAUUAUACGAUUUUCUAGCUAAUAAAAUAGAUUGAUUGAAGCAAGAUUUUCGCAAAUAUCGACAAAAAGGCGCAUUUUAGGAUGUGAUUUGACUGGACUAAUUACUGGGUAAAAAUGGUGCUUGCACCAGGCUUUAUACACUCGCAAUUUUUCGACAGCUGAUUGCUCUCAAAGGGCUUUGAAAAGUCUUUGAAAAUAGGCAGAAAAAAACUUUGAAAGUCUUUGAAUUGUUUUAGUCUUGGAGACUACGAACCCUGCCCGGCCCAUACACUCCUCCCUCUCCGAGUAACAUCUCCUGUUGUCCUCCAGCUGUUUAGAGUUCUGUAUCACACAACAGUAAAAUUAUUCUUCUGACUGCCAGAGCACUUUUAUAUCUACUUUUCCUUUGAUUGAAGUAAAAUAUACAAUCAGCGUUAUUUAUAUACUCGGCUUUGGAAAGAUAGCUGAUCGCCAUUCUUUAUAUUUCAGCCUGGAGAUUGCAUUGUUUUCCACAUGAAAACAGUUCACAGUGCUCACGGCAACAACCUUCAGACGCCUCGCCGAGCCUUCUCUACAAGAUGGCUUGGUGAUGACGCUGUCAAGGGAGAAAGACCCUGGAUGAAUUUACCACCAAGUAACGAGAUGAAAGACUUGAAAAACGGCGAUAAACUCGUCGAUUCUGGUAUAUUCACCGUUGUUUGGAACGCAUAA